AUGACAAAUGACAAAUGACAAAUGACAAAUGACAAAUGACAAAUGACAAAUGACAAAUGACAAAUGACAAAUGACAAAUGACAAAUGACAAAUGACAAAUGACAAAUGACAAAUGACAAAUGACAAAUGACAAAUGACAAAUGACAAAUGACAAAUGACAAAUGACAAAUGACAAAUGACAAAUGACAAAUGACAAAUGACAAAUGACAAAUGACAAAUGACAAAUGACAAAUGACAAAUGACAAAUGACAAAUGACAAAUGACAAAUGACAAAUGACAAAUGACAAAUGACAAAUGACAAAUGACAAAUGACAAAUGACAAAUGACAAAUGACAAAUGACAAAUGACAAAUGACAAAUGACAAAUGACAAAUGACAAAUGACAAAUGACAAAUGACAAAUGACAAAUGACAAAUGACAAAUGACAAAUGACAAAUGACAAAUGACAAAUGACAAAUGACAAAUGACAAAUGACAAAUGACAAAUGACAAAUGACAAAUGACAAAUGACAAAUGACAAAUGACAAAUGACAAAUGACAAAUGA